AUGGGUGAUGGCCAGUGUGAUUCUCCAAGGUUUACUGCUAAAAACCUAUGUUAUUUUUUGAUGGAGAUGACCACUGGAUAUAUCAUUGAUUUGGAGGUUCUUGAUAAAAGAGAAGUGGAGUUAAAGUCUGUUAACAUGGAAAAAAGGGCUCUUCAAAACAUACUUGAGCAAAUCACAGAUGUUUUGACAGUAGGACAAGUCAUUACCGAUGCCUCUGCAAGUAUUAAAAAAAUGAUGGGUGAGUUUAGAAAUCAAUGUACUUUUGCUUUUUACUUUGCAAACUUUUCCGGUUGACUCAAGACAAAAGUAACAAGUAGAACAAAAUAUUAGUUGUACCUAGUUGAACUUCCAACUUGAUAUGCAAAUUAAAUAAUAUGAGAUCUUGUAGGUCUUGGCAAUGCCAGCUGCAGCUGAAAUUAAGCAAUUUAGCAAAACUGAGACAGUCAAAAGUAUAUAUUAGCACAUACAUUUUUUACACCAUUUGAACCCUAACCAAGAUACUUUGUUCUUGUUCUACUCACCCAACGUGGUGAAGAACCAAAUUAACCACUCUUUCUCAAGGAGAAGUCUAUGACACAUAAAGCAUUAAUUUAUUUACAAGUCUGGGAUUCUAAACAGCAAGGCAUUUUUUUUAGUAAUUGUUGUGUUUUUUUGGUUUCCAAGAAGUGCAUUUCGAACAAUUUUCCAUUCUUUAGAUGUAUGGCACAAGGCCAAGAGCAUUAGAAAAUGCAUCAAUAAGGUACGUACACUGAAAUCAGCUGUUUAUAUAUGUAGUAAAAAUAUCCAGACUCCUUUGAACUAUUACCAGCACAUUUCUCGGUAAAGGUUACAUAGAUUAAAAUUUUAAUGAUAGCAGUUUUUAAACAUUUAUUUGUGAAAGGUACAGAAGAUUCACACACAAUACAUAUUCAUGCCAAAUCUAUCAUAAAUGAUAUUUACUAUCAUUUUUAUCUCAGAUUGGCAGUGCAAAGAACAUGGAAAAAGUAAGUCAGUGGGCAGACCACAUAAUCAACCAUUUUUGGUACUGCUGCGAAAUGGCCUCCAAAGAAACUAGCAGUGAUGAAGAGGCUCUAAGGAAGAUGAAGGUAAUUUGCACAUAACCUGCAGUCAUUCCUCUCGCAAACCUAGUUCAGAGCUAAAAAUAUAUUUUAUUUAGGGUUUUACUGUUCUACACUUUCUGGUAAAUAUAAUUUAAUUUAUCGUAAUAGUCCAGUCUGCUAACCUCUUUUUGUUUUCCAUGAUCACUUUAUAAUUUAUGAAUAUGAAUGUGCUUGUUGACCAAUGAAGUAACUUUGUUCAAGCCAAAAUAUUGAGAACUAAAACAAGUAUACUUGAAAAAAUAUUGUGAACAAAUAGUCACAAAAUAAACAAAACUAAGAAGGGCAGAUAGACAUGUCAUGUUUGGCAGCUCUAAAAUGGGGCACAUGGUCUCACACAUUUUAAAAAAUCUCUAUUAAGUUGACGAGUAUCCCUCUUUUUUACGGUACACUAAUGCACAUCAAUGUUUCUCACUAUGCAGGAUAAAUGGAUUGGCCUAUUGCACCAUGUCUGCAAUGAUCAUGAUUGGCCUGGAGGGAGCUGUGACCAUGGUGAGUUACCUGAAGACCAUUCUCUACCAUGGUUUGACAGGAGAGCAAAGGAUUUCAAAGCACUGCAAAAGAUCAUUCUUGACCCUGCCCUGUUGGAGAGUUUCAAGUCAAUUACAUUAAAUUCAGGUGAACAUGGAGUUUAACUUUUCAUUUCUCUCUUAUAUGCAGGGCUGUCACUAAGAUUUCAAGAUGCAGGGUACAUGCUAUUAGUAGGCAAGGACUUAAACAGCUAUGAAGUUCUUUUGGGUUUAUUUGUUUGUUAGUUCUGUUGGACAUACUCAUACACUGUAGCAGUAGUGACAGCCCUAUCUAAGUGAACAGUAUCAGUAGAAUCCAUUGAAAAUAAAACCUGUACUGUGGUUUUUCAUUUAUUGGAUGAGGUUUGUGGUGUUCAUUGCAAAUAUUAGAGUAGUAAAUUAAGAUAUUUUUCUUUUCAUUUCUUUAGGCACACUGGUGCUUUGGAGUGUGCUAAUAGCAUGUCUCUUAUGUACACAUCUAAGAAAGUGUCAUUCACAUAA